AUGAAGGAUCAGUGGUUAAUGUUCAAUUAUUUAAAAUUGUGUUUUGUAGUUACAACAUGCCAACGUCACUUUGAACGAAUGAUGGAAAGUUCGAUUGUCUCAGAUUCACAACCACGUUCUGUUGCUGUUGGUGAUGUCAAUAAUGAUAAUCAAAUAGAUAUUGUUGUGGCCAAUUCUGGUUCAAAUACUAUUGGGAUAUUUCUUUCAAAAGGUAAUGGACUUUUUGAAGAACAAAAAAUAUAUCCAACUGGUCCUCAAUCUUGUCCUUAUUCGAUUGUUAUCAGUGACUUUAAUAAUGACAAUUAUUUAGAUAUUGCUGUUGCUAACUAUGGUAUUAAUAGUAUAGGAAUAUUUUUCGGACAUGCCAAUGGAAAUUCUUUUAGUCAAAAACUGUUUUCAACUGGGUCUUCUCGUCCCUUGUUUAUUACUACUGGUGAUUUUAACAAUGAUAAUCAAAUGGAUAUAAUAAUCGCUAACUAUGGUACUAACAAUAUUGGUAUCUUUCUUGGAUAUGGUAACGGAUCGUUUCAAGAUCAAAUAACGUAUUUUACUGGUUAUGAUUCUAUUCCAUUUUCAUUAGCUGUUGGUAAUUUCAAUAAUGACAAUAAUUUAGAUAUUGCUAUUGCCAAUUAUGGUACUAACAACAUUGGUAUCCUUCUUGGUUACGGUAAUGCAAGUUUUGCAAGUCAACAAAUAUAUACAACUCUUCCAAAUUCAAAUCCAUCUUCGAUCGCAGUUGGAGAUUUUAACAAUGAUAAUCAAUUAGAUAUUAUCGUUGCCAAUAAUGGGACGGGUAAUAUAGGUAUAUUUCUUGGUCAUAGUAAUGGGACUUUUCUAGCACAAAAAGAAUAUUCAAUUGGGUUCAAUUCUCAUCCGCAAUAUAUUACUGUCGGUGAUAUCAACAAAGAUUAUAAAUUGGAUAUUAUCAUUGCUGAUUCGAGUAACAAUCGAGUACAUAUUCUUUCAGAAUAUGAGAAUGGAACAUUUACAACAAUAACAACAUUUGACACAAUAUCUCAGUCUAAUCCAGUAUGGAUUGCGGUGGCUGACUUUGACCAUGACAAUCAAUCAGAUAUUGUUGUUGCUAACUAUGGUACUAAUAAUGUACUUGUACUGACAAAUUAUUCGAUAAAACCAUCUGCAAGAAAGACGAUCUGUUAUGAUGGUCCAGAGUCUAGCGUGCUCUCAGUCGCUGUUAGUGAUUUUAACAACGACAAUAUUCUUGAUAUAGUUUUUAGCGUACGUAGCGGCAUACUCAUACUGACUGGUUUAGGUAAUGGAAUUUUCGGUAGAAAAGCGAUGUAUUCUACUGGUCAUGAUGGUAUUCCACAGUAUAUCUGUGCUGGAGAUGUAAACAAUGAUAGCAGAAUGGAUAUUGUCAUUGCUGACAAGAUUUUUGACGGUGUAGGCGUUUUUCUUGGAUAUGGGAACGGAAAUUUUUCUAUUAUGAUGAGUUAUUCUACUGGUAUCGGUUCGAAGCCAUGGUGGAUAGCUCUUAGCGAUAUCAAUAACGACCACCGACUGGAUAUUGUUUCGGCUAAUACAUACACUAGCAGUAUCGGUAUUUUUCUUGGAAAUGGGGAUGGCACUUUUGCUACCAUGAUAAGCUAUUCUACUGGUAUUAACUCUCAACCCUAUUCAGUCGCUGUUGGUGAUAUUAAUAAUGACAAUUAUUUAGAUCUUGUUGUCGCUAAUUGGCAAAGCAGUGUAAUUAUUUUUCUUGGACAUGGUAAUGGAACGUUUAUAAUGGAAUCGAUACUUUCUACACUUGGUAAUCUCUUUACGAUUGCUCUUGCUGAUUUCAAUAGUGACAAUCAUCUUGAUAUUGCUGUCGCUAAUACAGUUAAGGACAAUGUAGGCGUUUUUCUUGGAUAUGGAAAUGGUACGUUCGCAACACAAACAACUUAUUCAACUGAUAUUGGUUCGUCUCCAUAUUAUGUCAUCGUUGCUGAUCUCAACAAUGAUAACAUAUAUGAUAUGGUUGUCACCACUUAUGGCCAUCCAGCAGUACUUAUCUUUUAUGGAUAUAUCAAUGGAAGUUUUCAACUUGGAAGGAGAUAUCCAACUGGAGAUCGAUCGCAGCCGUACGGUAUAGUGGUCGCUGAUCUCGACAAUAACAAACACUUAGAAAUUGUCGUUGCCCUUUCUGCUAUUGGAGAUGUAGCAAUCUUAACUGAAUAUAAUGCUGCAGAAUUUGUUCACCAAAACAUAUAUUCAACUGGUUCUGCUCCACAACCAUUUUCGGUCGCUAUUGGUGACUUUAAUAAUGAUAAUCGAUCAGAUAUCGUCGUUGCCAAUUCAGGAACUGGAAAUUUAAGUAUACUUCUUGGUUUGGAUAAUGGCACGUUUGGUAUGGAAAUGAUGUACUCAAUUGGUACUAAUUCUCGUCCACAGUAUGUUAUCACUUGUGACAUCAAUAAAGAUAAUAAACUAGACAUAGUCAGUGUUAAUUCAAAAAAUGAGACCAUCAGUAUCUUGAUGGGACAAGGGAAUGGAACGUUUUCAGAACAAAUUAUGUAUCGAACUGGAGAUGGUUCAUAUCCAUAUGCUAUGGCCUCAGGUGAUUUUAACAAUGAUAGUCGAUUGGAUUUUGUCAUUGCCAAUAAAGACAGAGAUAGUAUUGGGAUAUUUUUUAACUUUAAUUAUACAACAUUUCAGAGACAGGUGACUUUCUCAAAUAUAGAUGAUAUAGCAGCAACUGGAAUUGUUGCUAGGGAUUUUAAUCAUGACAACUUAUUAGAUAUUGCCGUUGUAUUUUCAGAGAGUAAUAGUAUAGGUAUUCUUAUUGGAUAUGGGAAUGGUAGCUUUAUUAAUAUGAAGAGUUAUCCGACUGGAAAUGGUUCAGAACCGCAUGGUAUAGCUGUAGGUGAUUUUAACAAUGAUGCUCAAUUGGAUAUUGUCGUGACUAAUAUGUUUACUCAUAAUAUAGGUAUUUUUCUAGGAUAUGAUAAUGGAAGUUUUGCUGACAUUAUGACAUAUUCAACUGGAAAAGAUUCUACUCCCUACGGUAUCACUGUUGCUGAUUUUAACAAUGAUGGUCAAUUAGAUAUCGUCGUGGCUAGUUAUGGUACCAACAGCAUUAUAGUUCUACAAGGAUAUGGGACUGGAGCUUUUUCUAUUAUAAAGACAUAUUCAACUGGAGCAGGUUCUCUUCCCUACGACGUCACUGCUGGUGAUUUCAAUAAUGAUGGUCAAUUGGACAUUGCAGUAGCUAAUAUUGGUACAAAUACUAUUGGAGUUUUACUGGGUUAUAGCAAUGGUACAUUUAGAGACCAAAUGACAUUUUCAAUAUAUCGUAAUAGUCAACCAUGUUGGGUAACUGUUGGUGAUUUUGACAACAACAAGCAGCUCGAUAUUGCCACUGCUCUUUACAAUGGUAACGCUGUUGGUAUUCUUCUUGGAUUUGGAAAUGGAUCUUUCUCUCCUAUUGUGGUAUAUUCAACUGGAGCUGGUACUAAUCCAAGAGGUAUUAGCGUUGGUGAUUUUAACAAUGACAAUCGAUCAGAUAUUGUCAUUCCUAAUACUGGAGGUGACAGUAUUAGUGUACUUUUUGGCCUAGGAGAUGGAAAUUUUCUAUUAGGAAGACCAUUAUCAACUGGAAUCCAAUCUUCACCGAGUGCGACAGCGAUUGGUGACUUUAAUAAUGAUACUCAAUUAGAUGUUGCUGUUGCCAAAUAUGGAUCGAACAAUAUAGAAAUAUUUCUUGGAUAUGGCAGCGAACCUUUCGGAACUGGACGUGAAUAUUUUACUGGCGUUGGGUCACAGCCUCAUUCGGUAGCCGUUGAUGAUUUCAAUAGUGAUGGUCGACAGGAUAUUGCCAUAGCUAAUUAUGGCACCGGGAAUGUUGGAAUUAUGCUUGGAGAUGAUAAUGGAUAUUUCGCACCCAUGAAAACAUAUUCAACUGGAAAUGGUUCUACUCCAUACUCUGUGGCUAUCGGUAAUUUUAAUAAUGAUUAUCAACUAGAUAUUGUUGUCACCAAUUCUGAAACAGACAAUAUUGCUAUCCUUUUUGGUUAUAGUAACGGAACGUUUGCAAGUCCAGUGAUAUAUUCAACUGGUAAUCGUUCUCGUCCAUACACCGUCGCUAUCGGUGAUUUCAAUAAUGACAAUAUAUCGGAUAUUGCUGUGGCAAAUUCUGGAACCAAUGACAUAUUUACACUUUAUGGAUAUCGAAACGGAACAUUCGCAAACGUAACUACGCAACCUUUAGGGUAUGCAAAACGACCUUAUUCAAUUGCUGUUAAAGAUCUUAAUCAAGACAGUUGGUUAGACAUUGUCAUAGCAUAUUACACUACAGACCAAGUAGAAACACUAAUAAAAAUGUGCUAA